AUGGAUGUUAUUCAAGCCGUCUCCGGCUAUAUCACCAAAAUGGUGUCAGCCGGGGACAGUGCGGCGACCGGCACCUCCGCGGCCAAGAUGAAGAUCCUCCUGCUCGACAACGAGACUGUCUCGAUUCUGUCAACAGCGACGACGCAGUCUGCCCUCCUCAACCAUGAGGUCUACCUCACCGACCGUUUGGACAACCAGAAGCGCGAGAAGAUGCGACAUCUUCGCUGCUUGUGCUUCGUACGGCCUUCGCCCGAGUCCAUUCAGAGCCUGAUUGAAGAGCUGCGAGAGCCCAAGUAUGGUGAAUACAACAUAUACUUUAGCAACAUUAUCAAGAAAUCCUCGCUCGAGCGCCUUGCCGAGGCAGACGACCAUGAGGUUGUGCGUGCUGUCCAGGAAUAUUUCGCAGACUUCCUCGUAAUCAACCCCGACCUCAUGUCUCUCGGCCUCGGCUUUCCCGACCACCGCAUAUGGAGCACCAGUCCAGAUGCCUGGAACCAGGAUUCAUUGCAGCGAUCGACUGAGGCUGUCAUGGCACUUCUGUUGGCGCUUAAGAAGAAGCCCUUGAUCAGGUAUCAAAAGAACAGUUUGCUUGUGAAGAAGCUAGCCACCGAGGUCCGAUACCACAUGACCCAAGAGGAUCAGUUGUUCGAUUUCCGCAAGACAGACACACCGCCCAUUCUCCUAAUAGUCGACCGGAGGGACGACCCUGUCACACCCCUGCUGACGCAGUGGACGUACCAGGCAAUGGUGCACGAACUACUCGGCAUACACAACGGAAGGGUGGACCUGCGCGACGUGCCGGACAUACGGCCUGAGCUCAAGGAAAUUGUGCUAUCGCAAGAACAAGACCCUUUUUUCAAAAAGAACAUGUACCUCAACUUUGGCGACUUGGGUCAGAAUGCCAAGGAGUAUGUCGAGCAGUUUGCAUCCAAGCAGCAAGGGUCUCAGAAGCUCGACUCGAUAGCAGAUAUGAAGCGCUUCAUCGAAGACUUUCCAGAGUUCCGCAAGCUCUCGAGUAAUGUCACAAAACACGUCACAUUGGUUGGAGAGCUGAGUAGGCGGGUUGGAGAGGAGAGUCUGCUGGACAUUAGUGAGCUCGAGCAAAGUCUAGCAUGCACGGACAACCACUCCAACGACGUCAAGUCACUACAGAAGAUAAUACAGGAUCCGAACGUGCCGGCCAACAACAAGCUGCGGCUGGUUGCCAUUUAUGCGUUGCGGUAUUCCAAGACGUCUUCCAACUCGACAGCUAUGCUGCUUGAUCUACUUGCUGUUGCUGGAGGACUGUCACGGCAGCGCAUCAACUUGAUCACAAAGCUCAUGGCCUACCACGACUCGCUGCAAGUGACGACUGGGGCAGGGGGUGUCCCUGAUUUGUUCCAGGCCGGCUCCUUCUUUGGGGGUGCACGAGACCGACUAAAGGGCUUAAAGGGCGUAGAGAAUGUCUACACGCAGCACUCGCCCCGCUUGGAAGCGACGCUGCAGGAUCUGAUCAAAGGCCGCUUGAGCCAGCAAGUGUACCCAUUUGUAGAGGGUGGGGGGUCGACCAAGGACAAGCCACAGGAUAUCAUCAUCUUCAUGGUAGGGGGAACGACGUACGAAGAGGCCAAGAUGGUAGCGCAGGUCAAUGCUAGUUCGCCAGGUGUUCGUGUAGUGCUCGGAGGCACCACAGUACACAACAGCACAUCGUUCUUGGAGGAAGUUGAGGAUGCUGUUGACUCGUGGCCUGAGCCGGCUCCGACAUCAGCUGCGGCGCGGAUCAAGCGCGAGCUGGGAAGAUGA